AUGGGCAAGAAAACACACCGGCGAGUCGGACCCAACUCCGACCGUCGAUCCAGCAGAGUUGAAACGUCUGAUCACCGGCACGUGGACUCAGUGGAGACUCCAACGAGCCAAGAACGCAAGCGAACUAUUACCUUGUUCCUCGUCUUCAUCAUAUUUCCCGCCAUUUCAGCGAUCGUUUACCGUAGAAUCUACUCACCGUAUACGGCUACGGUCCCGAAUCUACCGGAUGUUUACCGGAGAGGCCUUGUUAAGACUGACGUAUAUUACCGUGAAGUCCUCGCUGAGCAUAUGAAGGUUUCGGAAAAUGUGAGUCGGCGGCAGUUUGAAAAUCCUGUGCUGGCAUAUAUUACUCCUUGGAACUCAAAAGGAUAUGACCUGGCCAAGAAGUUCACUUCUAAGCUGACACAUAUAUCACCUGUGUGGUAUGAACUUAAGAGCGAAGGAAGCACAUUUAUUCUAGACGGAAGACAUAAUGCUGAUACUGGAUGGAUUUCGGAUAUUAGAAUGAAGGGUGAUGCUAAGAUAUUACCAAGAGUUGUUUUGGAAGCAAUCCCUGUGGAUCUGCUAACCAAGAAGAAACAAAGGAAAAAAGUCAUCAACCUUAUUGUAGCAGAAUGCAAGGAAAUGGAUUAUGAUGGUAUUGUACUUGAAUCUUGGUCAAGGUGGGCAAACUAUGGUGUCUUGCAUAAUCCAGAAAUGAGGAAGAUGGCCUUGCAAUUUAUAAAGCAACUAGGAGAAGCUAUGCAUUCAGUAAUCCUCGAGAGAAAUGGGCAGACUUUGUUCUUAGUCUAUGUUAUAGGCCCACCAUAUUCAGAUCAACUACAGCCACAUGAUUUUGGACCAGAAGAUCUGCUAAGCUUGAGUAACGUCGUAGAUGGUUUCUCGCUUAUGACAUAUGAUUUCUCAGUUCCUCAUAAUCCGGGUCCCAAUGCACCUUUGAAGUGGAUCCGCUCCAUCUUGAAGCUUCUUCUUGGUUCUGACAAUGGCAGUCAGGGGUUGGCUAAAAAGAUAUUUCUUGGCAUCAAUUUCUAUGGAAAAGAUUUCAUGCAUUCGGGAGGAGGUGGGGAACCAAUCCUAGGCAGAGAUUAUCUUUCUUUGCUGGAGCAGCACAGGCCUGUAUUGCAAUGGGAAAAGAACAGUGCUGAGCAUUUUUUCUUGUACUCUGAUGACAAACAUAUCAAGCAUAUCGUGUUCUACCCAUCACUGAUGUCAAUUGCUGCACGGCUUGAGGAAGCUCGUUUGUGGGGUGCUGGCAUCUCGAUUUGGGAGAUUGGGCAAGGUUUGGAUUACUUUUUUGAGAUCUUAUGACGACCACUGCCCACCGCUGCCGUGUUCUUAGAUUCAGUAACCUGAGUUCCAUGAUUUUGUAAGCUAAGUAACAUGUUUUUUCUUGUAGUUUUUCCUGAUAAAGUUGUACUAGUUGUUUCUAAGUCUACAAGAGAUGCAGCUUUACAUGA